AUGUCGAGAAUAUAUUCUAUUUCAGAUAUUAAGUUACUCAAACCAAGUAAACUUCGCAGUUGGUUUAGAAAUGGGUCUUCUACGGGGGCUGGAACGUUUGCCGUAGUAGACGUCAGAGAAUCCGAUUAUGUUGGAGGCCAUAUAAAAGGAUGCUACCACUAUCCCGCUGGAAGCUUUGAGACCAGUUUUGGAGAACUUCAAGACAAACUUGUGAAGAAUGAAAUCAACGAUGUAGUUUUCCAUUGUAUGUUAUCGCAGGCAAGAGGGCCUAAGGCGACGUUGAGAUUCAUGAGAUCGUUGAACGACGUCGACCCUAAGCAACGUGAAUUUUUCGAUAACUUGAACAUAUGGGUGUUACAGGGUGGGUUCUCGAAGUGGCAGCAAGAAUACGGAGAGGAUGUAGACGUGACUGAAGGCUAUGACAAAGAAUUAUGGCAAUUUGGAAAUUUCUAG